UUCAAUGUACAUGGUUGGAAACGGGACGACGACAAAAGGGCGUUAGAUUCUUUGGGUGGGUUUAAUGUACAUGGUUGGAAACGGGAUGAUGACAAAAGGGCAUUAGAUUCUUUGGGUGGGUUCAAUGUACAUGGUUGGAAACGGGAUGAUGACAAAAGGGCAUUAGAUUCUUUGGGUGGGUUCAAUGUACAUGGUUGGAAACGGGAUGAUGAAAAAAGGGCGUUAGAUUCACUUGGUGGGUUCAAUGUACAUGGUUGGAAACGGAAUGGCUCAGCAGACGAAGAGCACCCAGCCCAAACAUCUGCUGAAUCGCGCAGCAGCAAUGAAUCGGAAGUACAAAACCACGCGACGUCUAAAAAUAGUGACAAGGCUGCGACCAAGGGUGUCAGCACUUCGAUAUAACGGGGUGUCACAUUAGGUCGACGGAUAUUUAUUACAAUUAUAAAUACGGGGGCUUGUAUGAAGUAGAAGAACAAAACAUUUACAUCCAUGAUAAUGACACAUAGAAAUGUUUUUUUAGAGACUGUGCGUUCGCAAUUUAUCACAAAGCUUUUCUUCGCAACUAACCAAUCACACGUGUUAAUCUAUUUAACUAAUGUGUAACGGAAGUUAACAUAUAUUGAAAGUUAACAUUGGAAUAUAUCGUAGGCUUUACAAAAAUAAGCGUUCUUUUUUUUUCCGUCACCUGGGUAAGGGGGUGGGCUGGAAGGGAUGAAUAUGAUCUCAUUAUCAGGCACCUUGAACAACUUGUCACAGUGACGAAUGGACGUCCGGAGAGGUCAUAGGUCAAAGCGGUGUUUUCAAACCACGAUCUGGAAAGUUUAAUAUCUAAAUGUUGGAUUUGAAAACUUCUUGGCGUGAAAAGAAACACAAAAAACAAAACAGGUCCGCCGUCAGCACUUUAAUUCAGGUUCUCGAAACAUAUGAAUAUUUAUAAAGGCUACUUCUAUAUCCGUGUAUCUCUAUAAAUAUGCUUAAUAUAGCACAGCAAUUAACAUGGUAAUGUAUAUUUUUACGCGAUCUAAUGCGCGAGGACCCUUGCGUUAAUCGAAAGAAGAUGACCACGUGAUCCAUUCUAAAAAUAGGAACCACCCACGCUGAUGGGCCAAUCAAAUCAAGUUAACCAUCGUCAUGAUGUAUGACACAUCAGCCAGCAGGUUAAUCGGUACCUUCCACCCCCCCCCCCCUUUUUCCACCCUUACAAGAUCAACGUAUAAGGUUCUAGUAGUUGAGACAUAUAUGUAUGACACAUCAGCCAGCAGGUUAAUCGGUACCUUCCCCCCCCCCCCCCCCUUUUUCCACCCUUACAAGAUCAACGUAUAAGGUUCUAGUAGUUGAGACAUAAAUAUGGAAAUGUUGAGACAUCGUCUGCUGACAGAGACGGAUCCGCCCACCCAACAUCAAACAGAAAUGGAAAGAUAACUUCGUUUGAAAAAAAAAAACAUUAAGGAACACGACCUUGGCCUCCUGUCCCCAUUGGUUAAUUUUAUUCAAAUGCGUCAUUUUACCUUCAAACGAGGCUUAGUGGAUUGAAAUUGCCCCGAAACAAAUGA